ACCCGGCCCGGCCGCGGGGGGCUGGAGCGAGCGCGGACCGGAAGUCGCGCCGGGCGGCGGAGCCGUUAGCGCAGCGUGCCGGAAGUGGCCGUGGGCCGGCGUCCGGGCCGCGCCCGCAGUGAGCAGAGUCCCUCCGGCCGGCGACGCCAUGGAGCCCGGAGCGGCCGAGCUGUACGACCAGGCCCUGCUGGGCAUCCUGCAGCACGUGGGCAACGUCCAGGACUUCCUGCGAGUGCUCUUCGGCUUCCUCUACCGCAAGACCGACUUCUACCGCCUGCUGCGCCAUCCGUCCGACCGAAUGGGCUUCCCGCCCGGGGCGGCGCAGGCCCUGGUCCUGCAGGUGUUCACAGCCUUUGAGCACAUGGCGCGCCAGGAUGACGAGAAGAGGAGGAAGGAGCUGGAGGAGAAGGCCAGGAGGAAGGAGGUGGAGGAGGCCGCGGUGGCUGCAGCCGAGCAGGAGCCAGUGCCGGCCGCGGGGCAGGAGGUGGAGGUCGGCCCCAGCACAGACCCCGGGCCUCCAGGACCACCGGGACCCCGGGACGCUGAGCCGGCAGUGGCCCCCAGCUCAGUGGAGGCAGAGCCUGCGGGAGCAUGUGCAGGUGCCACGGAGGCUGCGAAAGGGCCACCAGCCCUUCCCAGGAGGCAGGAGCAGUUCCAGAGAAACCCCGACAGCUACAAUGGCGCCGUGCGUGAGAACUACACCUGGUCGCAGGACUACACUGACCUGGAGCUCAAGGUGCCGGUGCCCAAGCACGUGGUGAAGGGCAGGCAGGUCUCAGUGGCCCUGAGCAGCAGCUCCAUCCGGGUGGCCGUGCUGGAGGAAGCUGGGGAGCACGUCCUCAUGGAAGGGAAGUUCACCCACAAAGUCAAUACUGAGAGCUCCCUCUGGAGCCUGGAGCCUGGGAAGUGCGUUCUGGUGAGCCUGAACAAGGUGGGUGAGUACUGGUGGAGCGCGGUCCUGGAGGGUGAGGAGCACAUCGACAUCGACAAGAUCAAUAAGGAGCGUUCCAUGGCCACGGUGGACGAGGAGGAGCAUGCGGUGCUGGAUAGGCUCACCUUUGACUACCACCAGAAGCUGCAGGGCAAGCCGCAGAGCCAUGAGCUGAAAGUCCAUGAGAUGCUGAAGAAGGGGUGGGACGCAGAAGGCUCUCCCUUCCGAGGCCAGCGGUUUGACCCAGCCAUGUUCAACAUCUCCCCGGGGGCCGUGCAGUUUUAGCGCCCUGGCGCCCUCCUGCAGGGGCUCGCCGUCUGGUUGGCCCCUGCCAGCCUUUCUCUCAAGGGUGAACCCGUGGCUCCCAGCCCCGCAUCUCCAGACUGUUCCGGAGCAGCGUGGGACACGGCAGCCGCAGACCGGCUACUGAGCUCCGUCAGCGGAGGUCCGAGGAACCGCGGGGUGCCUGCCUGCAAAGUCCCCCUUCUCCAGUGUCUGUUUGCAAUAAAUCUGUAUUUAAGCA